UUAUGUUCUACGCAUGACAGUUCACGCGUCUUCCUGUUCGCUCGUGGCUAGAGGACGUUGGUGUCACAGAGGUAAAGGGGCUCACAGCACAGUUUCCAGUUUUCUUCCAAGUCCGUGAAGCAGGAGCAGAAACAACAUGUUCUCCCGCGCAGUGAGACCCACCGUCGGCUUGGCCCGGAGCUUGUCCACCUCGUCUCAGAACAACGCCAAGGUGGCGGUGCUAGGAGCGUCGGGCGGAAUAGGCCAGCCGCUGUCCCUGCUGCUCAAGAACAGCCCCCUGGUGAGUCAGCUCUCCCUCUUUGAUAUCGCCCACACACCCGGGGUGGCCGCCGACCUCAGCCACAUCGAGACCCGGGCCCAAGUCACCGGCCACAUGGGUCCCGACCAGCUGGAUGCUGCCCUGCAGGGCUGCGACGUCGUGGUGAUCCCCGCCGGUGUGCCCAGGAAACCCGGCAUGACCCGCGACGACCUCUUCAACACCAACGCCACCAUCGUAGCCACCUUGGCCGAUGCCUGCGCCCGCAACUGCCCCGAGGCCAUCGUGUGCAUUAUCGCCAACCCCGUCAACUCCACCAUCCCCAUUACAUCAGAGAUCAUGAAGAAGUAUGGCGUCUACAACCCCAACAAGGUGUUUGGUGUCACCACCCUUGACAUUGUCAGAGCUAACGCCUUCGUUGCAGAGCUUAAAGGCCUUGACCCGGCCCGUGUCAAUGUACCAGUCAUUGGAGGUCACGCAGGAGUGACCAUCAUCCCCCUGAUCUCCCAGUGCACACCCAAAGUAGAGUUCCCCGCUGACCAGCUGUCUGCCCUGACAGCCAGGAUCCAGGACGCCGGCACAGAGGUGGUGAAGGCCAAGGCUGGAGCUGGAUCUGCCACCCUCUCCAUGGCCUACGCAGGUGCCCGCUUCACCUUCUCCGUCCUGGAUGCCAUGAAUGGAAAGGAAGGCGUUGUGGAGUGCGCCUAUGUCAGAUCCGAGGAGACUGAGUGCAAGUACUUCUCCACACCUCUCCUCCUGGGGAAGAACGGCAUUGAGAAGAACCUUGGGCUGGGCAAGCUGUCCGCCUUCGAGGAGAAGCUGGUCGCCGACGCCAUGGGCGAGCUGAAGGGUUCAAUCAAGAAGGGCGAGGAAUUUGUGGCUAACAUGAAGUGAACAGGGGGCAUUUAGUUAGUUAAGUUUGUUGAAAACAAACAGCAGCUGUGAUCCAUAAUGUGUACUGUCUUAACUUAAAAAGGCAUCUGGGUAAAUAUCAAGAUCUGUCACAGUGUUUCCUCUCUUUGUUUGUGUUUUAGCAGUAGGAUCGUCACCUUGGUCCAAAUCCAUUGUAUUAUGUCCCUUACCUUCUCAACAUGACUUUGUUUUAGCAACUGAGGUUUGUGUACAUACUGUACUGUCGCUUAUCUAUAUUUUACAAAUGUCAAUUUCAACAAAAUUCACUAUUUUUUCAUGUACAGUCUAAAAUAGUGGGGAUGUCUCUGCUGAAUGAACUAUAGGAGGAAAUACUGUCGCCAUGCCUGCUGACAUGAGUAGAUGUUACUGAGCAAAAAUAUUUACUCCAAUAAAAUGGUUUCGCUUUAAAGAA